AUGGGGAUUGCGGAGGCCGACCAUGCAUCGGAUCUCAAGAGCAUUUCGCUACGGACCCAUAGCAUCCAACAGCCUUACCUUGACUCCGAGAUGCAAAGUCGAUGGUUCGAUUUUGGAGGAGACACCAUCGUUCGAACAGAUUCGUACAUCCGCCUGACCUCUGACCGACCAUCUCAGUCUGGCUGGCUUUUCUCACGCGUACCUCUAACCGCCACCAACUGGGAAAUCGAAGUCGAGUUUCAAAUUCACGGGAAGAACCAGCUUUAUGGCGAUGGCUUCGCCAUGUGGAUUACCAAGCAGCGCGGCCAGCCGGGCCCAGUCUUUGGCUCGACUGACAAGUUCGAAGGUCUCGGUAUCUUUGUCGAUACGUACAAGAACAACCGGCCUGGGGUAGUCUUCCCCUACGUCAUGGCCAUGCAUGGCGAUGGUAAUAAAUCGUACAACAAAAACGACGACGGCAAGGACGGAGAAUUGGCAGGCUGCUCGGCGCGCGGCAUUCGACAGGCCGAAAUGCCCACCAAGCUGCGCCUCACUUAUAUCCAGGACAAGCAGCUGAGGCUCGACCUCCAGUACAAGGAGGAGGGCGAGUGGGAGUCAUGCUUCGAUGUCAAGAACCCACCUCAGAUCCCCAACAUUGCUUACCUUGGUUUCAGCGCCGAAACCGGGGAGCUCAGCGAUAAUCACGACAUUGUUGCCGUGUCCACGAAAAACCUGUACAACAGUCCUGGCUCCUCCAACACCGACCGAGCCGGUGCUAGCAAAGGAAGAAGUGUUAAGAACCCUAUUGUCAAGGAAGGUAGCAGCUGGACUUGGUUCUUUGUAAAGAUGUUUUUGCUCAUCUUUGUUGUGAUUGGCGGAUAUGUUGGCUAUACGGCUUACCGAGCGAAGAGCAGGAGCCACAGGUUUUAA